AUGUCUUCUUCAGUCUCUUCGGGCUCUGCUCCGAGAAAGGUUUUCCAAGACACGAAAAUCCUUGAGGGCAUUCUUCUAUAUCUCAACAAUCGUGAUAUCCUCGUCAACGCACACAGAGUAUCAAGAAGAUGGAAAGCAGUUAUCGAGGGAUCUGCUAAGAUCCAGUGCAAUCUAUUUCUUCAGCCAAUUCCGGCGUCAUCCGCUCAUCAAAGUAGAGACAAGAACCUCUUGAUAGCAUCCGUUGUCGAUACCCUCUUCAACACUUUGUUCAGUAAUGGGGUGUUACGCAUUUCAGAUACUGCUUUCAGUAUCUUUUCUGCGUCGACUCUCGCCUUGUCUAUGAGUCCUCACCUGAAGCAACGAUGGCUUGAGCCGAAUGCUUCAUGGAAGAAGAUGCAGAUCGGCCGCCCACCGAUCACGAAGAUUCGCUGGCAAGUGAGAAGAUCCGGGGUGCCAUGCAUCCCCGCGGAGUUACCAUCAGCUGUAGCCCAGUUCGAGUUUCCGGACGGGUUAACGAUGGGAGAUUAUUACAAUCUCCUUCUGGGAACCGAAGGCACCCAUUGUAUCAUCUGGCCUGAAGGAUGGAAGCUGGAGUCCAUGUCGAAGAUUCGGCCUCGUCCAAACUUGGUCCAUGCCUUCCUUACUCAUGAAAAAUGGGUGGCAAACCGCGACGAUGCCUUGUUAGUUAUGCAAACUAUCAACGCCCAAGUUCCAAACACAAGUACUGGAACUCCAGCCAACCCUUUUCUACGUGAGAGUCUCUGGGACCCGAUGGAUAUUUCAGAUUAUCAUCAGAAUCUCAAGGUUUUAGAGACCUUGAAGCUGACCACAAACACGGGUCAUGGCACCAAGUCGUGGGAAUACGUGGAGCCGUUCACGGAUACAGAAUUGGCUAUGGAGUCGUUUCUCGACGAGGCACAGGGUCUAAUUGAGGUCGAGGAUUCGGACGACCCAGACUACACGGGCUAA